UAAGUCUACGAAAAAAUAGAUUUAUUUGGUUGCAUUUAUGAUACAUGCUUCUAGUUCGAGCCCCAACUUCUCCAGUCUGUAGCCCCGCGCUUGGUGUAGCGUUCUCAAAGAAUUUGCAUAGGAAUGACGGAAAGCUCGGCGCUUGAAGACGAAGCGCCCUCUAUUACAGCUCUCGGAUCUCUGUUUAAGCUCACUGAAGUCUAUCUAUCGGAUAAUACUGUGGAUGAUGUUCGCUUAUGCUCACCUUCUACGGAAGCUUCGAGAACCAUCACUGAAGAUGCUGCUGAUUCAGAUAAUUCAGAAUUUCACUUCUUACCAGAAGAAGUGGUGCUUGCCAAGUUGAUGAGUGGAAUGGGGCUCCCUAUGUCAUUUCGCACUAAGGAGGUAUCAUCUCAAUUAAUGGGUUUUUACUUGCGUUCUUUCUUCAUACAUUUAGGUUGACUGUGAUGCUUGUUUCAGAAUUUUCUCUAUUUGGUUUUACUAACUCCUGCUUUAGGAAUUGUGAACAUGGGAAGUAUGCUAGUGAAUUUGAAGGUCAGGAUAUUUUUAGGUUACUUGGUAUCUGGAAAUAAAAUAUCGUUCGCACUGCACUGGAGCAAAACUUUUCAUACAAGGAAUUCCCCAAUAAUUUAUGGUGACUAAUCUUGUGCAGGAAGUUUGCUUGAAACAUGAUGAAAGUCCUACAAAUGUUCCCUUGUAAUCGAAACCAUAUUAAGUUGGGCUAUUUUUUUGUUUUGACACUUCCAUUGUUUUUUCCUUCCACUGUGAGUAGUGCAUGUAAUGGGCAGCAUAAGAGGAAGGGAAUACUUGGAGGAAUGAGAAAAAACAAGCUGAAGGAUGUACUUCAGGAACACAACCCAAAUCAGGAAGAUGUGCAAGGGCCUUUAAAAGAGAAGGAAGAAAGAGUGAAUUGCCGAACUUUGAUCCUGCAGUUGGUGUAGAAGAAGUUUGUCAUCUCUCUGAUGCAGCGAAAGAUUCAAUCAGCCCGAUGUCAUCUAGUGCUAGCUCUACAAUUGAUGACCCUAUCACCAUCAUUCCUGGAAGUGACCAAGAGUUGAAUUCCAAAUCUUCGUAUCAUGAACUCUUAUUAAAGGAUGAUAAUGAAAUUUUCUUAAAAGAAGAUAUUGGAGUUCUUGAGAAAUCGAUUUUAGAUGGAAUAGUUGGCACUACAUAUGAUGGGAAGGGCCCGAAAGGAGAUCAGAUGGAUGACUCUAAAUGUUUGAAGCCCCCCUUUGCAAUUGACCAUGAUGCUAGAAGUGAUUUUGGUCAUUGGGAGGUUUAUUGGGAUGACUUCUACUCAAGGAACUACUUCCAUAAUUCUCUUACACAAGAAUGUACAUGGGACCCACCUCCAGGAAUGGAAGAGUUAGUGUAUAUUAAUAUCAUUGAUAAACCAACAGAGGCAAAGAAUGAUAUAGCUGACAUGGAUGUCACUUUUACUGGUUUUGAAGAAUCUGCUGAUCAACCCAUAUUUUGUCAUCCACAACUUAUGUGUGACUUGUCAGAGGAAUACAUAGGUGAUGAUAAAUUACUAGAUCAACAGAUUCAUGCUUCAGUUGAAGAUGAACUUGUUAUUGAAACUAUCUGUCAUACCAGUUCCGAGAAAAAGAAAAGAAAAUCUAGGAGAGCAAAAUCCAAAAAGAAACUAUCCAUACAAAACGGAGAGUUUCAUUCCCCAUUGAUAAAUGAAGGCCUAAAUCGUGGUUUGAGUAAAUACUGGUGUCAAAGGUAUAGUUUAUUUACAAAGUAUGAUGAAGGUAUACAAAUGGAUGAAGAAGGAUGGUUCUCUGUUACUCCAGAGUCCUUAGCAAAGCAUCACGCUCAACGUUGUGCUGGUGGUACUGUAGUUGAUUUAUUCACUGGAGUUGGUGGAAACGCUAUCCAGUUUGCACACAAGUGCAGACAUGUAAUUGCAAUUGAUAUUGAUCCGAAGAAAAUUGACUAUGCACAACAUAAUGCAGUCAUAUAUGGAGUUAGAGACCAAAUAGACUUCAUUAGAGGAGAUUCCUUGAUAUUGGCUCCAACGUUGAAGUGCUUCUGCCAUACGGAAUGUCAUAGAUAGUUAGACACCAUGGACAAGGGGAACAAAACCAGUGAGAAAAUUAGGUAGAUGUAGUUUACAUGUCGCCACCAUGGGGAGGACCUGAUUAUGCUAAGGUUAAGAAAUUUGACAUCAAAACAAUGCUGAAGCCGCAUGAUGGGUAUUUUCUCUUCAAUGCUGGCAUGAGAAUUGCAUCUAAAGUUGUCAUGUUCCUUCCCAGAAAUGUAGAUAUCAAUCAACUGGCUGAGAUUGCUUUAUUAGCCAAUUCAUCAUGGUCGCUAGAGGUGGAGAAGAAUUUCUUAAAUGGCAAACUGAAGGGAAUCACGGCAUACUUCAUCAAGUCUUCCUCAUAGCAGACAUGCAACUAUGCAAGUCUACGUCUACCUCGAGCCUACUGUGGACAGCAUUGGCACUUUUGAAUUAGAGAGAAAAGCCCGCUCUUUACGAUUGCUGUCAUUUUACCACCUCAUCCCAAAUUCUCAAUUAGUUUGGUUUAGAAGCCAGCUAGCUCAUCUUUUCUUAAUUUCGCCUUUCCAUCAUCAUCAGUGUUGCCUUUUGGCGAGUAUGAUCUCCCUGGAGUACAAGGUUUGAGUUUCUUGUACUGUUGUAAAUAUGUAUUAACAUAAGGUUGCACACUUUUGCAAUUACAUCUAAUUAAAUAUUAUGUGGGAGCAAAAAUUAACUUUUGUGGGAGCAAAAAUUAACUUUUGUAUGUAUCAGCAAACAAAAACUUUCGUAUGUUAGCA